UGGUAGUGGUGGUUUCAACAGUUGAUUCCAUACACAUUCUGAAAAUUAACAUGAUAUGGGGUUUUUAUCGUUAACGUUUUUAAUGGAUGGAAGGAAACUGUAUUCUGGUUUUACCCCUGUGUGGUGAGUGCUCCAGAAGAAAAGCUAGGAUAUCGACAAAACAUGCCAAGUGAAGGAAAUACAAAUGACAUCAAACAGAAAGUUAAAGGUAAUAAUGAUGUUAAACAAACUAAACAGACUGGUAAGAAUCGCUAUAAACCUACCUGGGAAUCUUUGGAGACUCGACCACUACCAAGCUGGUAUGACAAAGGGAAGAUUGGCAUUUUUAUACAUUGGGGCGUAUUCUCUGUACCUGCAUUCGUUGGGGCUGGAAGUGGAGGCUACGCAGAAUGGUUCUGGAUGUACUGGAAAGGAGGCGAUGAAAUGAAAGACCACGUCAGACAUCGGUUACCCUCAAGGAGCGUCCAGGAGUAUAUGAAGCGGCGAUACCCACCAGAUUGGGAAUACACAGAUUUCGCACCUCAGUUUACUGCAGAGUUUUUCGAUCCUGAACACUGGGCAAGGGUUUUCAAAGCCUCAGGAGCCAAAUAUGUUGUUCUGACCAGCAAACAUCACGACGGAUUCUGCAUGUGGCCGUCUAAGAAAUCCUGGAACUGGAACGCAAUGGACAACGGACCACACAGGGAUCUAGUAGGUGAUCUCGGUGAUGCUGUGAGAGAGGCUGGAUUGAAAUAUGGUUUGUAUCAUUCUCUUUAUGAAUGGUUCAACCCGUACUACCUAGAUGAUAAAGCAAAUAACUUUAAAACACAAAGCUAUGUUAGGGAAAAGAUGUUACCUGAGAUGUACGACCUGGUGCAAAGGUAUAAACCUGACAUAUUCUGGUCUGAUGGUCACCACAAGAAUAACCAUUCCUACUUUAAUAGUACUCAGUUUGUUGCCUGGCUAUAUAAUGAAAGUCCAGUGAAAGACACCGUUAUUGUAAAUGAUAGGUGGGGCAUGGAUGUUGAAUGCAAACAUGGAGGAUAUCUCACUUGUUCGGAUAAGUUUAAUCCAGGACAUGUAAUGGAGAGGAAGUGGGAGAAUUGCAUGACAAUAGACCAGGAGUCUUACGGUUACAGAAGAAAUGCCAAAGUGAACGAUUAUUUUGACAUUAACGGCAUUCUAAAAAUAGUAGCUGAAACAGUGAGCUGUGGGGGCAACGUUCUAAUAAAUAUAGGACCAACUGCUGAUGGUCGGAUUCCUCCAGUGUUUGAAGAGCGUCUUUAUCAACUUGGCGAAUGGAUGAAUAUCAAUGGUGAAGGCAUCUACGAUACUGUGCCUUGGAUACACCAAAAUGAUCAGUUCAAUAAGGAUGUUUGGUAUACAUCAAGAGACAAAACAGUCUAUGCAAUUACCUUAAAAUGGCCUAGAAAUGACAUUCUAGAACUACAUUCCAUGAAUCCCACCGCUGCCACCAAAGUAUCAUGGCUUGGGUUUAAUGGAACUUUAAAAUGGACAUCCGAUGGUGGGCGAGUUCUCGUCAAUAUGCCAACCAUAUCAAUGAACGAUAUUCCGUGUCUCUGGGCAUGGGUGUUCAAAUUUGAAAAUACACAAUAGUACACAUCGAGAAAAACCAGUAGAUAAAAUAGUGUCCACUUUCAAGAAGUGCCAUGAUCUGUUUUUACUAAAACAUUCUCCAAAUUUAAACAGCCAAUCGCAAUCUCCUUCGGGACUUAUAAAAUUUAAGGAGACAAUAUAAAGAAAGAUCUGAACAUCUGAUCUGUUUCAACCAUAAACAACCUAUACAAGCCUGCUCUUGGGUCAGAAAGACGUUUCAUUAAA